AUGCUGCAGGAAGAGCAAAAAGGAAAGGGAACACGAGAACAAACGGCAGCGGAAAAACGGACACGCCCCUACAGCACGCUUCAGUGCAGUUCAGUCCUGGAGCGGAACGGUCAGCGGCCCCACAAGCGUCUCAUUGCCAAGCUGAGCGGUGUUUGGGUGAGGCAGGGUUAUCGUGGGGCGGCGGAGUGGGGAGUGGGCUUGGGCGGAGCCACUCGUAGCGAAGAGGUCGACAGAGGAGGACACGUGCCCUCCGCCGAAGGAACCCCGGAGCGGACGGCGUCACAUCAGGAGAGAGAGUUUGGUCUGGGGAAGGAAGAGAGAGGUUGGGACAACUUCAGUUCGAGAGGACAUGUCACUCCUGCUUGA